AGCACAAAGUAGUUGUUUACUUAGCAAAUAUGUCCGUCUGCUGGAGACUCUCUUCUCUCAAGUUUACCAAUUUUACCUUCUCAUCUUCUGCCCAAGAUUUCUGCCUCGGGAGAAAUUCCCUGAUUGUUUCUCACUCUGAAAAACUAAAGGAGAGUUUGACUGACUUACCUCAACAACCAACACCUGAGAGCGCUUUCUGUCAGUGACCCCACCAUUCCAGCCGAACUGAAACUUAAUCCCUUACUGUUUCCAAGUAAUCAUUAGUUUUCUCUUUGGGAAAGAAGCCCAGGAGUGAAGACUCAGGUUCCUGUGGUUUGACCUGUGACAUAUUUUCACUGUCACAUUGAUUUUUUUUUUUUUCCAUUUGUAAAACUGAAGGACAAAAGAAACAUGGGGAAGAGAACGAAUGUUUUAUGAAAAGAAAUGAACCGCAUUGAUGAUCGGUCAUUUUAGUUGCUCUUUUCUUUUCUGUGGCAGUUUCACCAACCAUGAAUUGUUGCCAAACUUCGUCAAGCCAUUGGGUUUUUCCCACUAUAAUUCUCUGCUUAUUCGGAUUUUUCUCAAUGAUGAAACCAUCAGAGCCGUUUGUUGUACCUUAUUUGGCAGGACCAGAUAAAAAUAUAAGCCUCAGCGUGAUCACAAAAGACAUCUUCCCCGUUUGGACGUACUCCUACCUGGUGCUGUUGUUCCCUGUGUUUGUCCUCACCGAUUACGUCCGCUACAAGCCUGUCAUCGUCUUGCAAGGGGUCAGCUUCAUCAUUACCUGGCUGCUGCUCUUGUUCGGCCAAGGAGUGAUGUGCAUGCAGGUUGUCGAGUUCUUCUACGGGAUGGUCACUGCCACCGAGGUGGCCUACUACGCCUACAUAUACAGCGUGGUCAGCCCGGAGCACUAUCAGAGAGUGAGCAGCUACUGUCGGAGCGUCACGCUGGUGGCCUACACGGCUGCCUCCGUGCUGGCCCAACUCCUGGUAUCGCUGGCGCACCUGUCGUACUUUUACCUCUAUGUCAUAUCCUUGGUCUCUGUCUCCAUAGCCUUCAUUUUCUCGCUUUUUCUACCAAUGCCCAAGAAAAGCAUGUUUUUUCACACAAAACCCAAUAAAGAAGCUCCUCAAAAGCUACCACGAGAGGAUGCUGUCUUAGGGGAAACUCAAAAGGAUCACAAAGGACUAGGAAACCAGUUGAGCAGCCCAAAGCCAAGCAAUGUGGCUUUGAGAGUUUUCAUGCAGUGGUUCCAAGAUUUGAAGGAGUGCUACUCCUCAAAGCAUCUUUUUUACUGGUCCUUGUGGUGGGCUUUUUCCACCGCAGGGUUCAACCAGGUUUUAAAUUAUGUUCAAAUCCUGUGGGAUUUCAAGGCACCAUCCCAAAGUUCUACAAUAUAUAACGGAGCGGUAGAAGCCCUGGCAACCUUUGGGGGGGCCAUAGCAGCCUUCACAGUGGGCUACGUGAAAGUCAACUGGGAUCUUCUGGGAGAGUUGGCCUUGGGAAUCUUCUCAGCAGCAGAUGCGGGUUCUCUCUUUCUCAUGCAUUUCACAACUAACAUUUGGGUGUGCUAUGCCAGUCUUUUAAUAUUCAAGUCAAGUUAUAUGCUCCUUAUAACCAUAGCAGCAUUUCAAAUUGCAGUUCAUCUGAGCAUGGAGCGCUAUGCCCUGGUGUUUGGAAUCAACACCUUCAUUGCCUUGGUGAUUCAGACCAUCAUGACUGUGACUGUGGUUGACGACCGAGGACUGGGGCUUCCUGUCAGCAUUCAGUUUUUAGUUUACGGAAGUUACUUCUCAGUCAUUGCUGGAAUUUUCCUAAUGAGAAGCUUUUACACGAUCUAUUCAGCCAAAUGCAGAAAGAACAAAUGUAGUCCUGCAACUGAUCAGAACCCACAUGAAUCCGGGGACUCCAUUCCUGAUGUGAGCACAGUAACACAGGUGUAGCCUGGUCUCACCUGCCAUGGACUCAGAAGGCAAGCUACUACGAUGGAUGACAUAUGGUGCUAAACUGCAUGGCAUUUUCAUGUUUCAUCCUAGAUUAAGGUGAAAGACUAGACUAUCAUGAACCUCAUCAAAACCACAUCAAAACCUCAGCCAGUGAACUGAAUACAACCAAAUGAUUCAAUUGACCAGAUUGAAACAAACCAUCUACAUGGCCUCAGUGAGCAACUGGGACCCAAAACAGUUUCAACACAUUCAAGCCCACCCCAGAAAAACAUAGAAAUAAAAAGUGACCACUUGCAGAAACAUGAGAGAUCCUAAAGUGAAUAACAUAUCUUAGCCUUCUAUGUCCUACCUCAUAAAAGUGUCAUUUGUUUUGAUCUGAAGAAUAGAUAAAGAAAUGUAUGGUGUAGAUUUGACACAUGCUAAGCCGUCAAUAUGUGAUAACCAUGAUUAUUAUAUUCAUAUUACAUGCCAACAUAAAAAGUUAGAAUGUGGGCAAAUAAUUCCUGCAAUCCAGGGCAAAAUAAUUAAAGAAAAAAUUUAAUUAAACUUCACCAUGACCUUGCAUGGAAAGACUAAAUAUUAUAAAGAUUUCAGUUAUCAGAUUUAUGUAAGUUUGUUGCAAUCGGUGAUAGUCAAUUUUCAGUGUCAAUUUGACUAGGCUAUAGUCUUCACUUAUUCAAUCAAGCACUACUGUAGGUGUUGCUGUGAAGUAUUUUACAGAGGUGAUUAAAGUCCUAAUCAGUUGAUUUUAAAUAAGGAAGACAACCCUAGAUGAUGUGGGUGGGCCUGAUUCAAUCAGGCGAAAGACCUUCAGAGCAGAGCUGGGGCUUCUUUUGAAAAGGAGAGAUUCCAUCUGUGAGCAGGAGCUUCCACCCUUGCCUGAGAGUCUCAGCCCAGCCCUUCUGGUGGGCUAGCCUAUGAAUUUUGGACUGCCUUGCAAGCCCCCGUAAUCGUGUGAGCCAAUUCCUUGAAAUUAACUUCUUAAUAUAUGUCUCCUGUACUGGUUCUGUGUCUCAAGUUGAACACUUACUGAUACAGGUUUAACCAAGUAAUAGCUUUUUUCCACUUCAUAUGUAGUACUGCUUUUGUUGAAUAACCCACUGGGCUUGGGGAGCUUGCGUGGCCAGCAGGAGUGGAUAUGCCCGGCUAUUAUGGCUCAAAUAAAUUCUUAACUGUGGGCAGCGACAUCCUCUCAGGUGGCAGUGAUGUUCUGUGCCGCAGGUAGCUAAAAUAUCAGUGCCUGUAAUGCACUUAGUGGAGGGAAGCAUGUCUCUAGCUCCCCAAAUGGCCCCACCUACAAGCAAAUAAGCACCGUGGGUCACCUUGUUUGUCCUCAAAUCUCCCAAUAUCACCAGUUUAGUCUUUCCCCUAAAGCUGCGGUCCCCAAACCCUGGGCCGUGGACCCAGACCACACAGCAGGAGGCAAGUGGCGGGCGAGCAGCUGAAGCCCCACCUGCACCCUCAGCCACUCCGCGUUGCUCCAUCUUCACCGCCUGAGCCCCGCGCCUCGUUGUGUCAGCUAAGGCACCGGACCUUCCCUCCUGGGAGCCCGAACCCCACUGCAAACUGCACAUGCGCGGGAGCCAGGCUGCGCACCCCGUGAGAAUCCAGCGCCUGAUGAUCUCAGGUGGAGCUGAGGUGGCGGCCCACCCACACUCCUUGUGCAUGGAAAACUCUUCCAGGAAACCAGUCCCUGGUGUCAAAAAGGUUGGGGACCGCUGCCCAAGAGAACCUGGGAAUAUUGUCAUCUGGACUCCUGUAUUCAAGAACCUCAUGAAAGUCACAAUUCCCCAACUUUUCCCCUCUAUCUUGACAGGAUUAUAAGGGCCAUCAGCCUCCAGUGGGGACCCAGAGACCUUGGCCCCAUGCUAACUGUGCCCUUCAGCCCGCGACAUUGGGGUCUGCAAUGUCCCUUUACCGACAAGCACACCAACCAGGCCGCAUGAGGCUUCUCUGCACUUCCUCCACAUCUGCGCCUUAGACACCCAGCCUCCCUCUCUGUGGGCUCCGCUCAUGUGCCUCGGGAGCUGUCUGAGCACCUCUUUCCCGUUUCCUCCCAGGUGCCCCACGGUCCCACUGAGGCCUGCUUCCUGAGCUCUCCAGCCUCAGGAAUGAAUGAUCACAUAAGUGCCCGACAACCAGGGGAUCUUGAGCUGCUGCCCUAUUUGUAAAUCACAGAUGUUGGGGGCUGGGUGCUUGAGUCCCCCUCGUCACCCCUCUUUCUCUGCCAGGUGCUGCGAGGCAUCGCCCCUCCCGUGUUAGCAAUAAGCCCUGGCUCUGUAGGGCUGGACCUUGCUCACCGGGUCAGUUUAGCGAAGCGAGUUCACCGUGCCCUGGUUGCCAGUUUGUCUGAGGCCAGCGAGGCGGAACACUCACACAUGCAACCAGCUAUAUUCAGCAGGUUUAUUCCUUACAGAUAGCCACAAGGGACAACAGAUGCCAGGGAUGCAUUGUGAGCCAGUCCCCUGAGGCUCAGGAAAGUGGCACUAGGCAGAUGGAGUCCCUCAGUACCAUUAUUUUAGGUGUGAUGUGUUUUUGGUUUCAUUUCUCUCACUUUGCUCACCCCAGCCACACACAUAUCCCUACUACCAUUUGCUUCUACCUGUCUAACGGUUGUAUGGUUGUUGUUUCCCAGACCCCAUCCCAGAGUGCCAGUGAGGGAUAUAAUGGAUUAUUCUCAAGCCUGCAGGGGAUUUAGGUCAACCUGUGGUCUAAAGCCUGUGCCUGUGUCCUCCAGUCUCUCCCAGGGGACAGCUCUUUAUAAGUCACAGCCCUGGGCAAAAAGGUCAGUUGGGUUUUAUUCAAGACAAGUGGGGUCCCACUGUGACAUCUAAUUGCAAAAGUGAGUCUGGCUCUCAUCCCCCAGCUGGCAUGGGAUAGUCAGUUCCUGUCGUCCCAUUCCCACACUGUCCACGCCCAUGGCCCAGAACCCAGCAAGGCCACCGUUAGGUCCAGAGCCAAAAGAGAGCAAGAGGGGGAAGGUCUAGAGUGUAGCAGGAAGAUUUGAGCCAGAUUACAGUUCAUACAGAAUGAGAUUAGAGGGUAAAAAGGCUUGGACAUAGGGAAUCUUGGACCAUUUGCCAUUGCAGUGACAGAGAUUGUAGUGAGACCCACUGCAUUCUGUCCCAUACAUACUUGUCAAGUUCCCACCUGUAACCAACCUAACAGCUGUGGCUUCAGCCUUGAAUGUCACAUUUUCCUUAUGUGUCUGGGCCACAGACAUAGAAAUCUCAUUAUUGAGCUCACCUAUUUUAUUUUCAUUAUAUAUAGUUUUUCUUCCCCUGUUUUAAACAGAGAGACUGGGUGAAAUGUGUGAAAAUAUUGAACCAUCCUGAUCCAAAAUCGCCUCAGCCUAGAGUCUCUACAGCUAACAAAACAGUAGAAUCUGAAAAAAGUCUGAAAAAGUGUGGGAGUUGUAGAAAUCAUCAAAAAGAAAAAAGGAAAGGAAAAGAAAGGGAAAAGCCAAGAAGCGGUUACCCUGUUGUUUGUCAUUAAAUUGAAGCAGCUAAAGAAGAGACUUCCUCCUUCAAAGAUGCCUGGAGGCUCCUCUCCCCCUGGGCUGUCUUUGAUCAGGCCUAGAUCUCAUUUCUUACUCUUACUAAAGCUGGUAAGGAGGGCAUAGUCACUGCGAGAGUUUUGGCAAUUGCAUGUGUUUUAUCUUAAGGCGUUUCAAAUGUCUCCCACUGAACGUUGCAGUGUACCGAAAACAGCGAAAGGAAGAAAACUUCACACCCCAAAGAAAAGAAAGAGGGGAAGAAAAAGAUUGAACAUAUCAACGAAAGACACCUGUGAAAACCCAGCUGGCCUUGUGCUGUUGCUUCCACUCAGAUUCUAUUCUUGGGUCCUAAUCGUAAGGCCUGUGUGUGGCAGGUGGGCCUGUCGCUGCAGGGAUAUGUCAUGUCGCAUCAAUAAAACAGGGACCGUAAAUCUCAUGGAAGGAGGACACAGUGGGGGCAUCUGAGACAACGUGAUGUGUCAUGGGCUGGGGGAUCCCCAGAGGCCUGGCCCACAGCUUCUGAUAUGACCCUUUGCUUUUUGCUGCCACGGCAAGAGUUUCAAAGGCUUGAACAUAAAAGUAGAAUCUCUCCCACGGUUCCAAACAGACAAACCAGGAUUCAGCAUGGUCAAACAGAACAAAGGCAAAAAAAGAGAACUUUUUUUUUUAUUAUGGACAUUAUUUUAUUAGGAAAUUUAGACAAUGUUAUAUGAUAACUAAGAACACAAAAGAAAAAAAGAAAAGAAACAUUGCAUGUCGACGGGGAACACUGGAAGAAACAUGGAGCUUAAAGGCAGUCAAACCAAAACUAGGAACCGUGUUCUCGGUUGGCCAAGGCGAGUGACCGGGGGAUACUUGCUCAGGUUCUGGGCUGCACUCAUAUUCGUUCCAUAAGAUGGUGCCUGUUAGUUUGGAAACUUUUCAGAUGGGAAGGCACGAAACACCAAAGACGAACAGGAACAGAGCUCAGGACCAGAGAGUGGGGGGGAAACAGACAGGAAGGGGAAGGA